AUGCUGGCGCCUCUUUUCAUCUGCGCCGGUGUAGCCAGUGCAGGGAUCAUCGACGUCAGACAAGUUGCUCCCUCUGCCACUGUUCCUGAUUUCUUCCAGACAACACCGCAAAUCUUUGCUGGACCAACGACCACCGGCCUCAUUGCCCCGUUUCUGGCUCAGACCAACCCGGCCCCGUUCGGACAAGAAACAGCCUCGUUCGUGCCGAAUGCACCUCUCGAGACGAACGUUCCCAUCUCUGGGAAUACGAGGAACCAAAGCAUCUUCCAACUCCAUGGUCAACUCAGUUCCUACUUCCCCAACCCAGUCGGCUUUGGAUCCAAUGAAUACCCCCUCCCGCCCGGUGCAAACAUCUCAAUCGUUAACGUCCUGCAUCGUCACGGCGCCCGUUAUCCCACGGGGACGUCGUCCGUUGUGAACUUCGGCAGUAAGCUCCACAACAUUACCAGCAACGGAACUGCGCAGUGGACCGGAGACCUCGCUUUCCUCAACAGCUGGAAGUAUCAGCUUGGUGCAGAAAUUCUCGUCGCUCGAGGACGGCAGGAGCUUUUCGACUCUGGUGUCCUGUUCUACUAUGACUACGGCGCGCUCUACAACACAUCGACCAAGAUCAUCGCCCGUACCACGACUCAAGACCGCAUGCUCAAAUCAGCCGAAUACUUCAUGGCCGGCUUCUUCGGACUCGAGUGGACCCACAACGCCACUCUCGAGGUCAUCCUUGAACAAAACGGCUACAACAACUCACUGGCAGGGUACUACCAAUGCAACAACAGCAACAGCUACCAGUCCACCGGAGGCAACAACGCGUCGUUGAUCUGGGAGAACAUCUAUCUCGCCAACGCCACGAAGCGACUCAGGGCAUUUUCUGGAAGCUACAACUGGACAGUAGCGGAUAGCUACAACGCUCAAACUCUUUGUCCGUACGAGGAGGUUGCUUUUGGAUACUCCCACUGGUGCGAGCUCUUCACUUACGAAGAAUGGCAAGGUUUCGAAUACAGCAUUGACCUCCAGUUCAACGGCAACAACGGCUUUGGAUCUCCGACCGGCCGCGGCGUAGGCAUAGGCUACGUCGAGGAGAUCUACGCCCGCCUUUCUCAUCACCUGUACAAUCUCCCCGGGGGAUCGACCAACGUCAACAGCACUCUCGACGAGAUGAACUCGACCUUCCCGCUCAACCAGACCUUGUACUUUGACUUCUCGCACGACACGAACAUCAUGUCCAUCAUCACCGCGUUUGGCCUCAAGCAAUUCGCCCAGCCGUUGCUUCCCACCGGACCACCGGAGAAUCAACAACUGAUUGUGUCGCAUACUACCCCAUUUGGUGCACGCAUGGUAUGGGAAGUCAUCCGUGCUCCGUAUCCAGUCAAAGCCAAACGACCAACAAGCGCCAGCGCCGCGACGUCGGACUACUACGACACAAGCAACGAGACCUCCACAACCUAUCUCCACCUCAUGAUCAACCAGCGUACGGUGCCCCUGUACAAGAGCUACCCCGAAUGCGGAGAGAGGGACGACGGCUGGUGUGAGCUGUCAACCAUGAUGAACAUCUUCAGCGGAUUGCUCGACACUGCUCGGUACGAGUACAGUUGUUUCGGGCACUAUCCCUCGGUGCCAUAUGGCGACGUGACCAACGGGGUGCCGACGGUCAAGAGAGAUCUCAGAGGGAGGACCGGCCACGGGUUGGAGGUGUACGAAAGUAGUGAUCGAUAG